ACAUCAUAUUAUUUUCUUCACUUGUUUCUAAUUUUGUUGCUAUAUAUUUUGAGUUUGAGUAAUGGCUCAGAUUGGAAAACUCAGUGUUGCGGUUCAAAUGAAAUCCUCUGCUGAGGAAUUCUAUGGUUUCUUUAGGAAGAAAAUGGACCAUUUGGUUCAAAUGUUCCAUGAGAAGGUUAAAAGCUUCAAAUUCCUUGAAGGAGAUGACUUCACUCCUGGCUGCCUCAUGCACUGGUCUUAUGACAUUGUUGGUCCAGCAGAAGCGAAGGCAGAAGUGGCAGAUUUGGAUGAAGAAAACAAGUCAAUCACAUACCAAGUUGUUGAAGGAGAUAUACUAAGCCAGUACAGCUUGUUCAAGAUAAAGUUCCAAGCCUCCGACGAUGUCGUUGGAUUGGGCGCCACCGUGAACUGGUCGAUCGAGUUCGAGAAGGCGGACGAGAACGUUCCCUCCCCAGAAGUUUACCUGGAAUUUCUUUCUAAGAUCUCCAUGGGAAUUGAUGCCUAUCUUGCUACGACUAAUUGAACAUGGCCUUUAAGCAUUAUGAAUGUAAUUGAACUUGAAUAAUGGUUGCUUUCCAAUCUAUAUGUUAUCUGGAUGACGUUGAAAGAAUUUGAAUUCGAACUAUUGCUCCUUA